AUGGCUCCCCCUCUCAUCCCACCCUCUCAAACCACCCAGAACAUCAUGCUCCUCCUGCAGCAGUACCCGAUCCUCAUGAACGAGAUGCUCGUCUUCUUCUGCGAGUCUAUCCAUCCAUCUGCCCAACUGCUGUCCCAAAUUCUCGGUACGCAACCGCGGGGUAACCAGUCCUCGCCUUCUGGCAGCGGCGGCGCUUCCCCCGUCGUAGUCGGUGGGGUCGUCGGCGGGAUCGUGAGCAAUGGCGACGGCUUGCGGUACGACCUGGAGGCCCCGGUGCAUCGCAUCGACCUGGGCUGCGAGGACCAAUAUGAGAAUGGUCGAGUUCGUGACGCGGACGAUCGACAAAAUGCGUCGCAUGGGAUUACUGUCAACGCUGCGAUGGAGAAGCUGGGGCUGCACGACCCUCGCGACCUGCUCCCGGGUCUUGAAGUGCGCCUCUUGCCGCACCAGGCUAUUGGCGUGAACUGGAUGCUUGAUCAAGAACGCAAUACUCCGCGCAAAGGUGGCAUCCUAGCACGACAUGGGUCUAGAUACGUUUCUCUCGACGACCCCGGCGAGGGCGACACGCACCGCCCGACGCUCAUCGUCGUUCCCGCCGCGUUGCUCCUCCAGUGGAAGGAGGAAAUUGAAACGAAGACGAACGGGAUGUUCUCCGUGCACAUCCGGCAUGGACGCGAGAAAACUAAGUCACUCCCGAAGCUCGCAGACAAAGACUUGCUGCCAGGAUGCUGCCGAUGUGGACAGUCACCCGCCUAUGACAUGCGGCGCUCAGAUUUUGCAGCGUGA